AUGGGGGCGGAACGCGAAAAGGAGAAGCGGCAGAAGGAGGAGCGGAAAAAGGAGGAGGCGAGGAAGGCGGAACGCGAAAAGGAGGAGAAGCGGCAGAAGGAGGAGGAGGCGAGGAAGGCGGAACGCGAAAAGGAGGAGAAGCGGCAGAAGGAGGAGGAGGAGCGGAAAAAGGAGGAGGCGAGGAAGGCGGAACGCGAAAAGGAGGAGAAGUGGCAGGAGGAGGAGCGGAAGAGGGAGGAGGCGAGGAAGGCGGAACGCGAAAAGGAGGAGAAGCGGCAGAAGGAGGAGGAGGAGCGGAAGAGGGAGGAGGCGAGGAAGGCGGAACGCGAAAAGGAGGAGAAGCGGCAGAAGGAGGAGGAGGAGCGGAAGAGGGAGGAGGCGAGGAAGGCGGAACGCGAAAAGGAGGAGAAGCGGCAGAAGGAGGAGGAGGAGCGGAAGAGGGAGGAGGCGAGGAAGGCGGAACGCGAAAAGGAGGAGAAGCGGCAGAAGGAGGAGGAGGAGCGGAAGAGGGAGGAGGCGAGGAAGGCGGAACGCGAAAAGGAGGAGAAGCGGCAGAAGGAGGAGGAGGAGCGGAAGAGGGAGGAGGCGAGGAAGGCGGAACGCGAAAAGGAGGAGAAGCGGCAGAAGGAGGAGGAGGAGCGGAAGAGGGAGGAGGCGAGGAAGGCGGAACGCGAAAAGGAGGAGAAGCGGCAGAAGGAGGAGGAGGAGCGGAAGAGGGAGGAGGCGAGGAAGGCGGAACGCGAAAAGGAGGAGAAGCGGCAGAAGGAGGAGGAGGAGCGGAAGAGGGAGGAGGCGAGGAAGGCGGAACGCGAAAAGGAGGAGAAGCGGCAGAAGGAGGAGGAGGAGCGGAAGAGGGAGGAGGCGAGGAAGGCGGAACGCGAAAAGGAGGAGAAGCGGCAGAAGGAGGAGGAGGAGCGGAAGAGGGAGGAGGCGAGGAAGGCGGAACGCGAAAAGGAGGAGAAGCGGCAGAAGGAGGAGGAGGAGCGGAAGAGGGAGGAGGCGAGGAAGGCGGAACGCGAAAAGGAGGAGAAGCGGCAGAAGGAGGAGGAGGAGCGGAAGAGGGAGGAGGCGAGGAAGGCGGAACGCGAAAAGGAGGAGAAGCGGCAGAAGGAGGAGGAGGAGCGGAAGAGGGAGGAGGCGAGGAAGGCGGAACGCGAAAAGGAGGAGAAGCGGCAGAAGGAGGAGGAGGAGCGGAAGAGGGAGGAGGCGAGGAAGGCGGAACGCGAAAAGGAGGAGAAGCGGCAGAAGGAGGAGGAGGAGCGGAAGAGGGAGGAGGCGAGGAAGGCGGAACGCGAAAAGGAGGAGAAGCGGCAAGAGGAAGAAGAGGAGCGGAAGAGAGAGGAGUCGAGGAAGGCGGAACGCGAAAGUGAGGAGAAGCGGCAGAAGGAGGACGAGGAGCGGAAGAGGGAGGAGGCGAGGAAGGCGGAACGCGAAAAGGAGGAGAAGAGGCAGGAGGACGAGGAGCGGAAGAGGGAGGAGGCGAGGAAGGCGGAACGCGAAAAGGAGGAGAAGCGGCAGAAGGAGGAGGAGGAGCGGAAGAGGGAGGAGGCGAGGAAGGCGGAACGCGAAAAGGAGGAGAAGCGGCAGAAGGAGGAGGAGGAGCGGAAGAGGGAGGAGGCGAGGAAGGCGGAACGCGAAAAGGAGGAGAAGCGGCAGAAGGAGGAGGAGCGGAAGAGGGAGGAGGCGAGGAAGGCGGAACGCGAAAAGGAGGAGAAGCGGCAGAAGGAGGAGGAGCGGAAGAGGGAGGAGGCGAGGAAGGCGGAACGCGAGGAGAGGAGGCGGAGGGGAGCGGAACGCGAGGAGGAGGAAGCGGCAGGAGGAGGCGAGGAAGCGAUGGAAAGGAGGCGGGCACAAAGGGAGGCGGAGUUAGAAGCUAAGCGUCAGCAGAUUGCAAAGAUCGCUGAAACAAUGCGGUUGGAGGCAGCAAAGCGUAAAAGAGACCUCGAAAUAGAGCGUCGGAAAGCCAUGGAGGAGAUCGAGCGUAUUGCACGGUUGGAGGAAGCCGCAAAGGAGGAAGAGGAGAGGCAACAAAUGGAGUUAGAGGCAGAAACAGAGAAAAUGGAAAACGAGAGGCGACGGAUUGCGGGUGAGGAUGAGGAAGGGGCAGCGGAGCAACGGCACGGAGGAUGUCACAGGAUCGAAUUUCCACUCGAGAAUGUUGCACUAUAG